UUCAAUCUUUUUUGAGAAAAAAAAAAGAGACAUACGUGUUGUACAUACGACGAAUGCCGUUGCCUAAUUGUACUUUUCGGCUUCAAACGUUUCCACUUGUGCCUAGAGAGCGGGGAACUGCCAAUGAGCAGUAUCCUCGAUCGUGCAAAAUGACAAUUAUCGAAUUUACUUGUUACUUUUCAGGAAAGGAUAGACUGCAGAUAUAAAAACGACGUAAAAAAAAAAGAGAACAAGAACAAAACUUCGUGUCCAGAGAGAAAGUUUUAGACUCUAUGGUAUCAACGUUGCCUAUAAUUUCAGAUGUUCGUUACACUGAUGAGUAAUAAUCGAUUCAAAGCUUUGUAACUGAUGCACGCACGCGAUACUACAAGCGUAAGCUCGACAACCGUGCAAUCAAUGCUACCCGGUUGUUAUGGACAGUCGUUCUCGUGCUGUCAACGAACAUGCAUCCUCCUGUUCGGAAUCACACCGAUCAACCGCGAAAUCCAAACUACGAGAAAGAUAUUAUUUACGUGACGAAAUACCUCGAGUGGAUUUUAAAUGUCGUCGGCAUAUGGCCAGCAAUGUUAACAGGAAUCGGGAGAUUUUUACCAAAAAUCUCCAUGGUACUAAGUAACUUUCUGCUCGUUUUCUUCGAAGUGCAGUGCGUGCUACAUAUUACAUUCGAACAGAAAGAUCCAAUGUUAAGAAUGAGAAUCCUAGGAUUGGCUUGCCAUUCCUUAGUCUGUCUGCUGAAGUAUUGGGCACUGACAAUGCGCAAGUCAAGGAUCAAGUUCUGUAUCGAAGAAGUGUAUACAGACUGGAAACAGGUGGAACUUCAAACAGAUCGUACAUUGAUGCUAAAAUAUGGGAAGAUCGGAAGGAAUCUGACUAUAUACUGUGCUCUAUUCGCGUACUGUGGUAACAUAUUCUACGUCACAAUUUUGCAAUAUGCGAUAGGAUCGCAAAUAGAUGAUGAUAAUCGUACAAUCAGAAUACUAAUGUACCCUAUGUAUAGUGGGCUCCUCGACGUCCAAAAAAGUCCUAUCUACGAAAUCGUGUACGUUCUUCAAUGUAUUGCCACGCUUAUACUCAAUACCAUGACGGCAGGUUGUUGCGGAUUGGCUGCACUUUUCGCAACACACGCCUGUGGACAGAUCGACGUCAUCAUGUCACAGUUAGACGACCUGGUCGAUGGGAAAUUCUUCAACAAAGAAUAUAAUUCGAAUAAUCGACUGACGGAAAUCGUGCAACAUCAUAUAAGAAUAUUAAAAUUCUCUGCGACGGUCGAGACUGUUCUGCAGGAAGUGUGCUUCUUCGAAUUUAUUGGCUCCACGUUUGUAAUAUGCUUCCUUGAGUACUAUUGUAUAACGGACUGGCAGCAGAAUAAUAAAUUUGGCGUGCUGACGUAUGCGGCGAUACUAAUAUCCGUCACGUUCAAUCUGUUCUUGCUGUGCUAUAUUGGCGAUUUAUUAAUAGAAAAGAGCGCCAACAUUGGAGUGUCAUGUUGCAUGAUCGAUUGGUACCGUUUACCAAGUAAGACAACUCAAGGCGUCAUUUUAAUUAUCGCCAUGUCAAACAGUCCGAUGAAAUUUACCGCUGGCAGAAUAGUUUACAUAUCUUUGGCUACAUUCGGAAAUGUCUUUAAAACGUCAUUCGCAUACUUGAAUUUCGUCCGGAAUGCCGUUAUUUUUGUAACAGAUGCACGCACGCGAUACUACAAUCGUAAACUCGACAACCGUGCAAUCAAUGCUACCCGGUUGUUAUCGACAGUCGUUUUCGUGCUACCAACGAACAUGCAUCCUCCCGUUCGGAAUCACACCGUUCAACCGCGAAAUCCAAACUACGAGGACGAUUUCAAUUAUGUGACAAAGUACUUGAAAUGGAUACUGAAUUCCAUCGGAGUAUGGCCAGCAAUGUUCAAGGGGAUCGGCAGAUUUUUACCAAAGAUCGCAAUCGUACUAAGUAACAUGGUGUUCGUUUUCUUCGAAUUGCAGUGCGUGCUACAAAUUAUAUUCGAUCACUCAGAUUCUUCAAAACUGAGAAUCUUAGGAUUGGCUUCCUAUACCAUGGUCGGUUUGCUGAAGUAUUGGGCAGUGACGAUGCGCAAAUCAAGAAUCAAAUACUGUAUCGAUGAAAUGAAUACAGAUUGGAAGCUGGUGGAACUCGAAAGAGAUCGUACGUGUAUGCUAAACUACGGGAAGAUCGGAAGAGAUCUGAUUGUAUACUGUGCUCUAUUCGCGUACUGUGGUAACGUAUUCUACAUCACAAUGCUGCAAUAUGCGAUGGGAUCGCAAGUAAAUGAUGAUAAUCGUACGAUCAGAAUACUAAUAUAUCCUAUGUAUACUGGCCAAAUGGGAGUCCAAAAUAGUCCCGUUUACGAAAUCACGUUUACACUUCAAUGUAUAUGCUCAAUGAUGAUGAACGCUGUAAUAUGCGGUUGCUGCGGAUUGGCUGCGCUUUCUUCAACACACAUCUGUGGACAAAUCGACAUCAUUAUAUCUCAGUUAGACGAUCUGGUGGAGGGAAAAUUUUCCAAGAAAAAUUACAAUUCGAACGCUCGGCUGAUGGAGAUCGUACAACGUCAUACAAAGAUUUUAAAGUACAAACACGAAGGUAAAGUAAACCGUUGUCUAUCACUGAUCAAAAACGCUAUCACACGCUAUUGCAGAUUUUCUGCGAUGUUCGAAACGGUUCUGCAGGAAGUGUGCCUUUUCGAGUUCGUUGGUACCACGUUCGUAAUAUGCUUGAUCGAGUACUAUUGCAUAUCGAACUGGCAACAGAACAAUAGACUCGGUUUGUUAACGUAUUCCAUGAUACUGGUAUCUCUAACGUUCAACAUGUACUUGUGGUGCUAUAUCGGCGAUCUACUAAUAGAAAAGAGUACUAGCAUUGGCGUAUCAUGUUGCAUGAUCGAUUGGUAUCGCUUACCGACUAAGACAACUCAAGGCCUCGUUUUAAUUAUCGCUAUGUCAAACACCCCGAUGAAAAUUAGCGCCGGAAGGAUAGUUUAUAUAUCUUUGUCUACUUUCGGAAAUGUUUUGAAGUCGUCGUUCGCGUACUUCAGUUUCGUCCGGAAUACCCUUAUGUAAUAAUUUAAUAGUCAUUGUGAUUUAGUUGACUAAAUAUCUAAUUGUAGAAUAAUCAAUAAAAAAAGUGUCGUGAAA